GCGCACCACUCGCGAUCUUUUCAGUUCGCUGGUCGCGAGCCCAUACCUGCGUCGUCUUCUUCGUCUGUCUGUAGGGCGUCAGAGAGGUGCUGCGAGAUGGGUGUAACCAAAGAAGAGGUAGAGGCCACCUUGAACUCCAGCCUCAAGCCUUCUCAUCUCUCGGUGAUCGAUACAUCGGGAGGGUGCGGUGCGAGCUUUGAGGUGGAGAUCGUUUCGGAGCAGUUCGAGGGGAAGCGCCUGCUGGAGAGGCACCGCCUGGUGAACUCAGCGCUGGCGGAGCAGAUGAAGCAGAUUCAUGCCCUCUCUAUCAAGAAGGCCCUCACCCCGGCCCAGUGGAACCCUAGCCCUGCCCCAACCGAGUAAAAGUAGGAAAAACAAUACCAAUGGAACCGUAGAAUAAUUGCAGGUAUGUGAGGAUUUAUCUCUCAAAAACCCAUACCCAUGCAGCCAUGCUUAUAUGUAACUUGCUAGUAUACCUUUGAUGCAUUUUGAAGUAUCGCGAUGGUGAUUUUCACUGUUGGUUUCUUUCUAAUUGCUGCUUGUGUGCUAAGAAAUGAGGGAGGAAACAUAAUCAAAGUUAUUUCUCCGUGACAAUUUGUGGUUCUGUUCACAGUAGUCAAUCUUAACAAAUUAUUCUGCUGUUUCUCUA